UUCCCGUGUUCCAAAGAAAACAAGUGGAGUGGCGCUCUCGCCCGCUCCGUCUCCAUGCCGAAAUGCUCUCUCGCCACCGCCAUGGCCGCCGCCUCCUCCUCCUCCCCAAUCUCCAUGCUCCGGCCUCUCUCCACCGCCGCCACCCCGGCCGCCUCAUGUCCCCCUCUCCCUCCCCUCCACUCCUACGAUGCCGCCUGCCCCGGCGACCCCGACCCCGCCUCGCUCGCCCCCGACGACGCCAUCGCGGCGCUCCCGUCCCUCGCGGACUCCGCGGGCUCCGCGGCGGCGUUGGCGCUCUUCCGCCGCCUCGCCGCACGCCCGGACCUCCGCCGUCUCAUGCGGCUCUACGCCACGGCCGCCACCACCUUCGUUGCGCGGGGGAACCUCCCCAUGGCGCACGAGGCCAUGCGCACGAUGGUCGCGGCCUUCGCGGAGGCCGGCCGGCUCCGGGAGGCCGCGGACAUGGUGCUCGAGAUGCGGAGCCACGGGCUGCCCCUCUGCGUUGAGACAGCCAACUGGGUGCUCCGCGUCGGGCUUCAUCACCCAGCCUGCUUCCCGCACGCGCGCGAGAUGUUCGACGGAAUGACGCGGGGCGGCGGGGUGCGCCCCGACGAGCGCAGCUUCCGGGCGCUGGUCCUCGGGUGCUGCCGGGAGGGGCGCUUCGAGGAGGUCGACGCCUUGCUGGUGGCAAUGCGGCAGCACGGGUUCUGCCUGGACAACGCGACGUGCACGGUGGUUGUGCGCGCGUUCUGCCAGCAGGGGCGGCUCAAGGAUGUGUCCGAGCUGUUCAGGAGGAUGUCGGAGAUGGGAAUGCCGCCGAACAUGGUGAACUACACCGCGUGGAUUGAUGGUCUGUGCAAGAGGGGCUACGUCAAGCAGGCGUUCCAUGUGCUGGAGGAGAUGGUCAGGAAGGGGUUGAAGCCGAACGUGUACACGCACACGUCGCUGAUACAUGGUCUCUGCAAGAUUGGGUGGACGGAGCGGGCGUUCCGGCUGUUCUUGAAGCUUGUUAAGAGCAGCUCGUACAAGCCCAAUGUGCAUACAUACACUGUGAUGAUUGGAGGGUACUGCAAAGAGGGGAAGCUUGCUCGAGCUGAGAUGCUGUUGGGGAGGAUGGUUGAGCAGGGACUUGUGCCAAACACAAACACAUACACUACGCUGAUCGAUGGUCACUGCAAAGGAGGCAGCUUUGAUCGUGCCUUUGAGCUGAUGAAUAAGAUGAAGCAGGAAGGUUUUUUGCCCAAUAUUUAUACAUACAAUGCUAUUGUUGGUGGUUUGUGUAGGAAAGGACAGAUUCAAGAAGCUUACAAGGCUCUCCGAAUGGCAACUAGUCAGGGGCUGCAUCUUGAUAAGGUGACAUAUACUAUACUCAUAACUGAGCAUUGCAAACAGGGCCACAUUAUGUAUGCCCUAGAGUUGUUCAACAGGAUGGCAGAUAAUGGUUGCUAUCCGGAUAUAGACACAUACACCACCAUUAUUGCUGCAUACUGCCAGCAAAAGCAAAUGGAACAAAGUCAGAAGCUGUUUGACAAAUGCCUUGCCAUAGGAUUAAUGCCAACCAAACAAACUUAUACUUCAAUGAUUGCCGGAUACUGUAAAGUUGGGAAAUCAACCUCGGCUCUGAGAAUGUUUGAGAGAAUGGUUCAACAUGGAUGCCUUCCUGACUCAAUAACUUACGGGGCCCUAAUAAGUGGGUUAUGCAAGGAGUCCAGACUAGAGGAAGCACGGGCAUUAUAUGAGAGCAUGCUUGAUAAACAUUUGGUUCCAUGUGAUGUAACUCGUGUCACUUUAGCUUUUGAAUAUUGCAGGAAGGAGAAGAUAAGCAUUGCUGUAUCCAUGUUGGAUAGACUGGACAAACGGCAACAGGCUCACACAGCAGAUGCACUUGUUAGAAAGCUCAGCGCCGCGGACAAUUUGGAUGCUGCUAGUCUUUUCCUUAAAAAUGUUCUGGAGAAGCAUUACACUGUUGACCAUCUAACUUAUACAAGCUUCAUCAAUUCAUGCUAUAACAGCAAUAGAUAUGCCCUAGCUUCUGAAAUAUCUGAAAAGAUCUCGAAGAGGAUCUCUAACUUUCAUCAAAAGGAUGCCACAACCAUUGCUUGAUUAACAAGAGUAAUCCAAAUUUUGUCUACCAAUGCAGCAGAGAAAUUAACAGUAGUGCUCAAUGCUCCUGUUCAGCAGAGCUGCUAUGUCAAUCAAUUGGCCGUAAAUGGUGAUGGUCUAGAUGAUCAGAUAUUCAUCAAUGACCUGGGUUAGAACUGUUUGAUGAUGGCAUGGAAUUUUCUAUUGCAUAAACUAUGUGAGAAGAUUGCUUUUGCAUACAAUAUGUGAGAAGAAACAAGGCAAGUUGUUCAUAAGGAAUAGAAAUUGUGAUAUCCUCGUCAUUUUAGCAAUCUUUCAUUUGGGCCUGAUUUCAAUUUUACUGAUGCAACUCUUGUGAAUGCUUAUGUUUCUACAGGUUAACAAUUUUUUCUUAAAAUGCUUUGAAUAUGUUCAGUGUUAUAAAAUUCAUCUGAUUUGUGUAUGAUGAAUUUAAGACGUAAUUCUUGAUAUUUGAACCUGUUCAGGGUGGCUGCCUUCAGUGGUUUGAACUCCUAUGACUUUUCUAGCUCAUCUUCCAGUCGACAGCUCAAUGGCUUCCUGAAUGUUUAGAGACUCUUCGCUGAAGCUGAAUGGUUUGCAUUGCUGCCUCAUUUCAUACUGUUGUCGUCGGUUGAGCUCAGCCAGCUGCCACUCCUGCCA